AUGACAAAUAAUUCUGAUACAAAAUCAAAUACAUCUAGAGAUAUUUUACAGAAUAAUGAUUCAAUAAAUCAAGAACCACCACCACCAUAUACAUCACUUGAACAAGAAGAAGGUGGUGCUUCAAAUUCUUCUCGUGCAAUAUUUUACGGAGGCGCUACAGAACAAACUUACCUUCUCUCAAAUAAUAUUACUUCAUAUAAUUUGUCAAAACAACCAAUCAUUAAAAAGAUUCAAAGGAAUGUUUAUUUACCUACUCCAAAUUUAUCAUACACUCCUCCCGUAGGAUAUUAUCAACAACCUGAAACAAUCGCAUUUAGAACAACGGCGAUACCUUUAGCAAAAGCAAAUUUAAGUACUAUGCCAGCUAUUACUACUUGUCCUCAUUGUAAUAAUAUUGUAUUAAGUUAUAUUGAAUAUAAAAAUGGUAGUUGUACUUGGUUGUCUUGUUUUAUAUUAAGUCAUAUGCUUGUUGCUGCAUGUUUUAUUCCAUUUUGUGUUAAUGAUUUAAAAGAUGUUGUUCAUUAUUGUCCUAAUUGUAAUAAAAUCAUGGCAAUAUAUUCAAGAUUGAAUGAUAGGGCAUAUAAUUAUAGUUAUACAUGA